AUGAGCACUAGUAAUUAUACUGCCGCUCCCCCACCGUAUCGCGACGACUCUAGGAAGCUAUCCACCAUACCUUCUGAGAAUGGUGCAUCCGAACCCCUCUUGGGUAGCCCUAGGGCAGGUACCAGUGCAGGAGGUAUCUACGACCAGCCUGAGCUAGGAGACAUUCCCGAUGAUUUCAAGUACGGAACGACUGUCGCAGAUAGCGCGCCCGAAAUCAGGAAUGCAUUUGUUCGAAAGGUUUACACUAUUCUAUUUUGUCAAAUCCUGGCAACCUGUGUCGUAGCGGGCGGCAUCUCCCAUUCGCCUGACACCAUCUUCUGGGUGCAGACUCACAUUUGGUCGUUCUAUAUCCCCCUCUUUGGAACCCUCAUAAAUCUUGGUCUUCUUUAUUGGAAGCGUCAUAGCCACCCAUCUAACCUUAUUUUACUUUCCACCUUUACUUUGUUCGAGGCCUUCACUCUCGGUGUGAUGGUCGCAUUCUUUGACAAUGCGAUUGUCCUCCAGGCACUCUUGAUUACCCUUGGAGUGUUCCUUGGGUUGACUUUAUUCACUCUACAGUCGAAGUAUGACUUCUCCGGAAUGGGAGCGUGGUUGUUUGGAGGUCUGAUCGCGCUGAUGAUGACGGGACUCGUUGGGAUCUUCAUUCCAUUUGGACGUACUAUGGAUAUCGUCAUCGCUGGUGGCGGCUGUAUUCUCUUCAGCGGCUAUAUUAUCUACGACACCUACAUGAUCACUAAGCGGCUGUCCCCCGACGAGUACAUUAUGGCUGCUAUCAGUCUUUACCUUGAUUUCAUCAAUCUCUUCAUCAACAUUCUCCGCCUUUUGAACGACCUUCAAGAGCGAUAA